AUGAUGUUGGAGUUGCGGUUUGGGGAGGUUGAAGGUCCGCUGGUGGUGAGGUGGGGAUUAGAAUUUUUAAAUUAGCAUUCUGGCGGAUUGACUGGGAUGGAUGGAAAGGGGAGGCGAAGUUGAAGGACGCUGAGGGAACGGGAAUAUUGAUUUUUUAGCAAAUUAUAUUGUCCAUGACACCUCCCGCGAUGACUUUAAUUUUUGUCCAAGCUACGACAAAAAAUACUAGAUUUUGUUGCAGCAACAAGUCGUCGGAAAAACUAAAACAUUUUUUAGAUCACUAAAAAAUCAUGUGAAAGUUCGUUUGCUAAAUUCCCGUUAUCAUUACUAUUUAUAAGGUAGCGAGUUUAAAAAACAAUCAUUUUCAUUCACGACACACAUACUACGGCCUUUUCAAACAAAGUUUGUUUUAAUAUUGUGAGGUAGAUAAGAAAGUUGACUAGUUAUAAACAGUACUCAUUGAAAAAGAAAGUGUUUUCAUAUUAGGAGAUUGGGAUUGGUAGUUCUUCAUAAACAAACCCAUAAUUCUUUCCAAAGCCUUCCAGAUGGUGGGAAACCCAAAUUUGUUUACGGAAAUUCCAAAUCUUUGACUUGGAAGUCCCAAAGUCCGCCUUCUCUGCGCUCCCACUCUUCGAACCGAGCUUGUACAGCCCUGCUUUGCCUUAACACCGUUUUUUUGAGGGCUUUGAAAAGUUUGACUUCUAAGUUUGUGUUUUACAUAAAGUUGGUUGACCCCAAAAAUUCCAAUUUUAUCAAAGCUUCACUUGAUAACACUUUGAAUGAGUAAUUAAUGCCCUCUGGCGAUAAAAUUUGUUUGACAACUUUCCCUUGUUUUCAUUUCGGCAUUAACCAUCCCUAUCACUUAUUGCGCCAUUUAGCCUCGGCAACCGGUUGCUUCAUGUUUUUGUUAUGAUUGCAGGAUGACCAUGGAGCCUUUGGAAUUUGUGGAUGCCGUUAAAGUGGUUGGGUUGCUCCGAGUAAUCCGAGAAAUGCCUCCGGGGAGACGACGAAUCGGUGAGUUCAAACGAAAAAGAUUUGUUGCGUCACUUCAUCUGUCACGGUCGUAAUUUUCGGGAAUGGUGAGAGUGGAGGAUUACUGUAACACUUUUUAUAGUGAGGUCUAUUUUUUAAGAAAAAAGAAAGUUAAUAUUUGUUACAGUAAUCCUGAACUCAGCCAUCAAACAGGUAGGGUUGGGAGAGGGGUGUAUCAGAGCGAGUACCUCUGAAAUACACUUGAUCUUUUGUUAUAUGGGAUAUCUACAUAGGUGGCUUUUUUACUAAUCAAAUACCUAAUUACCAUAUAACGUAUAUAGUAAUGUAAGUGAGAAACAUUUAGAAAUAAGAAGCUGACAGAAUUAGACCGUUUUAUAGAGAAAUACUGACUACGAUUUACAUCGUAUAGUACAGAAACACCACUAAGAUUUCUACAAUUCCCCGAUAAGAUUGUCAAUCUGUGGUCUAGCCUUUUCAUCUUCAAAAUGGAGUUUAUUGGAUAAGAAACGCAUUGUAGGAAACAAACACUGCAAUGUGUCGAUUGACACUCUUAUCGGAUGACAAAAAUAAGGGCACGGUAACAAGAAUGCGGUCAGAAAGUGCAGCUUGUAAUCCAUUUUUUGUAAACCACAGUUUCGGCAAUACAAUAAGUAUAUAAUUUUAAUAUGUGCACUGAUAAUUUAUGAAAAAAAGUCAUGUUUAUGGGUAAACAAUUCGUAUUGUUUUCAGUACAAAAAAUCACAUUUUUGGCUCGUUUUUAGCUGGAAAGUCUUUAAAGAUAGAGUUGCACUACUGAUCGCAGAAUUGUUAUCAAAAUUAGACUAGAGUUAGUUGUAUAAACUACAGGGAAAAAUACAUAGCUAUAGGUGAAAUUGAAGAAAGUUUUCAGAGAAUGGAUGGAACGACGAGACCAUCGUUCGAGCUUGGCAAUCUUUUGCUUUUGCUCUUAGUUUUUCGUGGCCUUUGCCUGUAACAUCCUUUAGAUCGGCAAGGACAACAAUCUCGGGGUUUUCUCCAUCUUGUCACUUCAUUUUUCACUUCUCCUAUAUACUUACCUUGUCACCAUUCACAUUGAUUUCGCGGUCUUAACAUCAUUUGUCGUAUCAUAGUCCAAAGUAAAUUUUGAAUCAUCUCUUCUUCUUUGCCUGAGCACAGUUAUGGAUAUUCAGGAACACAUGCAAUACGUGUUCAAACCAAAAUUAGUUUACAAUUCAAAUUUAUUUUUUGCUCCCAGUUCCAGAAGAGAAAUACUUUGCAUUUUUGGAUUAGUGAACAUACUGUAACCUAGAAAAAAAGGAACAAACUGAACGUUGUUCCCAUGACGUCAUGGUUUUCAUGUGAUAGGUAAACAGUCAGAUUUAAAAUAAUAAUUUUUAUUGCGGGUGCAUGGGCGGUGCGUUUGAUUGAAUUUGUGAAUUUCCGAUUCCCCGGAAUCGCUGGCUGUUUACCGAUGCUCUGGGAAUAUAAAUUCGGGACAGAGGAACGUUGGGAAUAAGUGUGAUAUACAGUGUAGGAACAGAACGGUUUGUAUUCUUGAUUGUAUCAACUUCCAUAGCUCCGUCAAUCAUUGUCAAUUUCAAUCUACAAUCUGAUUCUUGCGUGUCGCGUUUCCUCCAUAUUUACGUCAUCUUAUGGUCAAAUCUUCUCCUCAAGUCUUCUCCAUGCCACGUACAUCUAUAUUCCCGUCACUGUUCAUGUCACGUGCGAGUUCGAACUUUAUCACCUGACUAACAUGUUCAUCUCCAUUUAGCUAAAAGUCUUGAAGACAAUGCCAUCAACAAACCAAGUCGAUUCAAAUGGAGCGAAGAAGAAAAUGCCGGAGAAUGA